AUGCCUCUGCACGCCACACUCGGCCAUCAAUUCGCUGCCAUCUACAGUCUCCUCUCUCGGCUACAGCUGCCCCACUCUCAGCUCGGAUACCAUCUCUCACGUCUCAAGUCCCAUAUCUCCCAGGGGCAGGACUUUCCACGCUGGCUGUCCUCAGCAUGGCCCAACGUCGUUCUUCGCCGCUCACAGAUUUCUGCAAGUCUGCUGGCCAUCACGCUUAGCCUCUGCCCUUUACUACUCCUUUGGUACCAUAUGAGAGUGCCUACCACUCCUGGCUCCUUCGCCACCGGGCAGACCACCGUGUCUGCAGCUGACGACAAGCCUGGCAGCUCCGCCGACACAGCCUAUACAAACUCUCCUAUCACCUUUUCUUCAGCUCUCAUUCACCUCCACUCACCUACAAAAGCCACAUUCCCAAUCAUCUCCCGACCUACCCCACCUCAAGCAUCACCCAACAUCACCCUGAUAUCCUCUGUCAAAGUCACCGACUAUACACCCAUGACCCAAACUCUCGCGCAAUUCAUCUACCCCGUCGGCUCCGUCUGGCCCAGGGUAUACUAUGUGGCUUAUGAGGAAGCGGUGAGAGAGCGAAUGGAAGGAGGAAAAGGCGAAAUGAAGCUGGAGAGAGGAACAGUGUUGAGCGACUUGAGCAACGGGAGGGUGGUUUCGAGAUGGACAUCUCUGUCAGCUGAGCAGACGGUCGGAAUCGAUUGGAAAGGGGUCCAAUGGGUCGACACAUGA